AUGAAGCACUUCUCCCACGAGCCCUGGGCAGCCUUCGCUGCGGUCUUCUUCACCAUCCUACUGUGGUACUCCUGCUCAGCAGCAGCUGAAGAUGUCUCCAAUGCUUCAACAAGCUCCACGCUCACAACUGAGUACGAAGCACCAUGUCUUAACGUGAACUUCUGCACACAAGCAGCCGUGUGCUGCCCGACGGGCGUGGAUGAUUAUGGAUGGAUUGCUGCGGCUGUCGGCUGGAGCCUCUGGUUUCUGACUCUCAUCCUGCUCUGCGUGGGCAAGGUCAUGAAACUCCGGCCUGACGAACCCAAAUAUUUGGUGGCCUGA